AUGCAACCAUAUGGUGCCCAUCCGGAUAUCAACGCCGCACCUGCAUCCGAUUACUAUACACCCUAUCUCGGUCUCCGAGCACGUUUAUCACAAACCUGGAUCAAUAGAUGGACCGUUCUUUUACUCCUUAUUAUCGUUCGACUCCUAAUAUCCUUGGCUAGUAUCAAAGGAGACGUCGCCAGCGCCAAAACCGAAGCAUUGUCAGCAUGCACCAGUGUGGAGAAUGUCGGAAGUGCUAUGGCUUCUAUGCCUCAUUAUCUUUCUCAAGGUGUUAACAGUAUGGCCGCUUCUGGUAUCACAAAAGCGGUUAAUGGUAUGAUGCAAAUGCUUUACAUGAGUCUCACUGGUGUUGAAGAGAUUGUUCUUUUCGUCAUUCAUAUGAUGACUUCAACAUAUAUGUGUCUCAUCACCUUGGCCAUUUCCGGUAGUCUUCAAGUCGCCAUUCAAAUGAUCGAGGAUGUUGGUGCUUUCAUGAACAAAUCCAUCGCGACCAUUACCGGCGAUAUGUCAUCUGGACUCAAAUCAUUCGAAGAUGACCUCAAUGGUUUCUUGUCCAAGAUCAACAUCGGUGGUAUCUUUGGAAGUAGUACCUCUCCACCAACCAUCGACUUAAGCAGUGAGAUCACCAAACUCAACGGUAUUCAGAUUGAUCCAACAACCAUGGAUAAGGACCUCGCCAAACUCAACGCGUCCCUUCCAACAUUCGAUCAAGUCCAAAACUUCACCGACAACAUCAUCAAACUUCCAUUCGAAGAAGUGAAGAAACUCGUCAACGAAUCCAUGGUCGGUUACAAGUUCGACCAUACCGUUUUCCCCGUCCCUCAAAAGAAGUCACUCACAUUCUGUUCCGACAACACCGCCAUUCAAGAUUUCUUCCUCGGCCUGGUCAAGGUACUCGACAACGCCAAGAAAAUUGUCCUCGUUGUCCUCAUCCUUGCAGCUAUCCUUGCAUGUAUUCCCAUGGCCUACCGCGAGAUCUGGGGAUGGCGCAGUAUGCAGCGACGAGCUGCCUUGCUUAAAAGCCGCAAUUAUACCAAUGAGAUGGAUAUUCUUUACCAAGCUCAUCGUCCAUACACUUCACAAUUCGGUCUCAAACUCUCGAGAAGAUUCAAGAGCCCCAAGAACCAAAUCCUUGCGAGAUGGUUCAUCGCAUACGCCACAUCCAUUCCAGCACUUUUCGUCCUAGCUCUCGGAGUUGCAGGUCUCUUCACCUGUCUCUGUCAAUUUCUCAUCCUCCGCGCCCUCGAAAAAGAAAUUCCAGUUCUCGCUGCCGAGGUUGGAGAUUUCGCUGAGCAUGUCGUCAAGGCGUUGAACAAUGCGUCGGAAUCUUGGGCUCUGGGGGCCAACGCUGUCAUCAAUAACACAAACACACAAGUUAAUCAUGACGUUUUUGGAUGGGUUAACACAACAACAGGUGCUAUCAACAAAACAUUGAAUGUCUUUACGGAUGAGAUGACCAGUGCUCUCAACGUGACAUUUGGUGGAACAAUUCUCUACAAACCUAUCAUGGGGGUCUUUGAAUGUUUGGUCGGACUUAAGAUUGCGGGUAUUGAAAAGGGACUCACAUGGGUCAGCGAUCAUGCUCACGUCGAAUUUCCGGAAUUCAGCCCAGACGUCUUUUCACUUGGCGCCGCGGCAUCUCUUUCAAACUCCACCGCUGAUGACAACUUUCUCGCCAACCCAGCAACCAGUACCACGGACGAAAUUACCGACGCCGUGGUAAAGGUGGGAAAGAAGCUCGAGGCCGUCAUACGACAAGAAGCUCUCAUCUCUUCCUCAAUCAUUAUCGUCUACUUUAUCAUCGUAUUUAUCGGUUUGGUACGUGUAUUGAUUGGCAUGUGCGGAAGAGAUAAAUCACGCGCGGAAGGCGGUUCAGGACCGAGGGUUAUGUAUCCUAACACAGAUGCCGAAGCUCCUCCUCACCAUUUACCUGAAAUCGUCCAGGAAAAGUUCGGCUCGAACGGAGAUGGGAGUGACGGUUGGCAUCAGGAACACAUGAGAGGUGGAGAAGUUCGCAUGCCAUUUGGUGGUGAUGCGGCUUCGGAUGAUCUUCCAUAUCAUGGUGCUCCGGCCCCAAAAUAUGAAGCUUCUAUAUCCAUCACGCCUGUUGCAACGGGCGCAGAGAGAUUGGGGACGGUGUCGAGUGGUAGAGUUAGUAGUAAUAGGGGACCGUGGAUGAGAGAUGAGAAGUCUAGAGAGGUUUGGGAGGCAGAUGAUAUGCAGAGGAGAGCGACGAGUAGUUAUGGUCAUGUGGAGGGUGGUGACGAGAAAUCGGGGGGAUGGGGUGGGAUUGGAAAUGGAAAUGGGGGGUUGAUGGUACCGCCGAGGAGGAUUUGA